CGAACUUUGUGGCUCUUGUGAAUUAGUUGUCCUCUUCUCUAACAUCUCAAACAAAGAAAACGAUUACAAAAGAGAAGAGGUAUCAAAAAGAAGACCAGAAUCUUUUAACAUUUUGAAACAAAUGGCGUCCAAAGCCAUCUUCUUCUUCUUUGUCUCUGCCGUGUGCCUGUCCUCUCUCGCCGGUGUGGCCAUCGCUGAUGCCGAUGACUUUGACCGUUUCCAAAUUCAGGGAUCGGUUUAUUGUGACACAUGCCGUGUCCAAUUCGUUACCCGUCUCAGCAAGUUCCUUGAAGGCGCGAAAGUGAAGCUAGAAUGCAGGAGCAGAACAAACGGAACCGUAACAUUGACAAAAGAAGCCGUAACGGACAAAACAGGGAGCUACAGAAUGGAAGUGACCGGUGACCAUGAGGAGGAAGUUUGCGAGCUUGUGCUCGUCGAAUCACCAGACAGUGGUUGCAGUGACGUUAGCAAAGAGGCUUACCUACGUAACGCCGCUAAGAUCAGCCUGACCGCGAAUGACGGAAUCGUCUCUCACGAGACACGUAUCGUUAACCCUCUCGGUUUCAUGGUUCAAACUCCGUCAGCUGAAUGUCCCGCUGCUUUCAAGGAGCUCGGGAUCGUUCCUGAUGUCACCUUCUAAAUUUAAUGAUUUCAAGAUCGUCAUUUAAGUGUAAUCUAUUGUUUGUUUCUAUAUAACAAAACAAAAAUGUAAUUUGAUAAAACACAAAAAAAAUGCAGUAAAUAAAAUAAAUUAUUUUCUUUUUUUCAUGCAUCACAUUUGAAUUUCUGAUUUAUAAAUAGUGCUUGUGUUAACAUGAAAACUGAAAUGACAGAGAGGAAUGUACAACAAAGAAUCAAUUAGAUCCCUUUGGUUUUAUGUUCAUCAAGACAAACACUAUCACCACCCUCGUCAUCUGUAGCUACAAGCCUAAUUAACAGCGAAGAAUUUGUUUGUUAGUCUCAUGAGGCUAAUGAUCUACGACUAAUGCAAAUGAAAGGAGAGUGAGUUUUACUAUAAGUACCCAAGAGAUUGAUCUUGCGUUUUCUUCGACACCGUGUUUGCGUCUACGUUUGCUUCAUUACAGGGACUGCUUUUUGGUUGGUUUGGUGGCCAAGCACGGAUGAUCUCUGAGACAGAUGGUUUGUAUUCCGGAACUUGUUCUUGCUCUAGUCUUGAAAAUGUGGAUUGAUGAUCUACGGCGUCGUAACAUGGGAGAUCAAGAAACGAACCAGAAAAAGAACCCAUAUCACCAUGUCUACUUCUCUCUUCAACUUGCUUCAAGCUUGAUACAGAUAUUCUAGGGCUUUCAUCAGAUUCCCACAGCUCAGAAUCUGACAAACAAUAGUCGGAAACACAAGGAGAUGACUGACAAAAGGUGUCACUGUUGUCAUCGCCGUCAUCAGAGUUGCUAGCCUCUGGAACCAACUGAAACGAAGGGAACAUAUCCGCAUUUUCACCAUUGUACCGAGGUUGGCAUGGGAUUCUCAGUUUCAAUUUAGGAACUGGAGAGGCUUCUAUUGGGUUGAAUGAUAUUUUCAUAUGUUCAACCGGUGGGGAUGAAGUAGGUGAGCCAAAGAGAGAUGAUUCAUAAUCCAAUUGCUCCUCAAAGCUUGAACCACCAGGACUUUGCUGAGUCCUGUCUUCGAUAGCAGCUACUCUGGUAUCAUAGCUACUACUAGGUACAGAUUCAAAUUUGCAAGUUGAAGAAGAGUUUCCCCGAAACCCAGCCAUGAGUAAUCUAUGACUUAAGCCAAAAACUCUGAACGAUGUUCCAGUGCUCUGCAUGGGAGAGAGACUCGACAUGUUGCUUUGUUGUUGAGACGUGGGAUCUGAAACAAUUAAUGGAAGUGAGCUCUUCUCAGCAUUUUCAACUGAUCGGCUCGAUGAUUCCUGCUUCCUUGUCGAAAGAACACUAGCUUCGUUGAUCUCGUGCUUUAUAUGUUGGCUUCCAGAAUUAGGCUCAGCAAAUACUGGAGGUUUCAAUGGCGCGAGUCCAAGGAGUCCUCCAUUGCUCCAUAUACUUAUUGAUUCAACACUUGUACCAUUUGGAAGAGAAUUCUGAGUAUCUGGAGAAAUCGUAACAGUACCACCGCUCGAGGGAAAUGUUCUUUCAGUAGAUUCUGGUUCCAAUAAACCACUCUUCUGAUUCAUAGAAACAUCAGAUGCUGUGUAGGGCUCAUUAUGUACUUCACCUUCUUUUACCUUGAUGUUUUUAGCAGGAAGAUCUGUUACUACACAUGGUGCGGCAACAUGCAUUUCUGGUUCUUUCAAAGAAGGAUACGUGGAAUCCGGAACUUCUGGUGAAAACUUUUGAUCGAAAAUAGCUUCUGCAAAUAACAAAAGUGCGGCAUCAUCCAAGAAUACUUUUUGGUCAGGAAUACCUUCAGCCAAAGCCAGAUAUGCAGCAGCAGGUUCUUUUGGCAGAAUAUUUUCCUUGGGAACAGGUUCUUCAGGGAAGCAUUUGUUGUGUGAACCAGUUUCUGUUGUGAAACUAGGAACUCCUGAGCCUGUGAUCUUUUCAUCAAAAACAGCUUCGGUCGAGGACAGAUCUGUGGUAAUAGUUUCUCUAGGGAAGGUUUUGUUGUGUGGACUAGUUUCUGUUGUGGAACUAGAAGCUUCUGAGCCUGGGAUCUUUUCAUCAAAAACUGCUUCUUUUAAAGAAAGAUCCGUGGCAAAAGGUUUUUCAGGGAAGGUUUUGUUGUGUAGACCAGUUUCUGUUGCGGAACCAGGAGCUUCUGAGCCUGGGAUAAUUUCACCAAAAACUGCUUCGUUCAAGGAAAUAUCUGUGGCAACAGGUUCUUCAGUGAAGGUUUCAUUGUGUAGACCAGUUUCUGUUGUGGAAACAGGAGCUUCUGAGCCUGGGAUCUUUUCAUCAAAAACUGCUUC